AAAAAGGAAGACAAAAUAAAUUUGUUUCUUUUAAACAACAUAUAUUCCAGAAUGGAUUUUACAGGUGGAAGAAAUUUCUCAAAACAUGGUCGGAAAGAUGAGAGAUACUACGAAAACAAGGACAAAUCAAGAAGCAGAAAAGAAAACGUGCCUGUCCACUUACCACAAGUGAACCAAAGAAUUUUACGACAAAGAAAUGGCUUGACAGUCUCUACAAAUAGAUACGAAACAUUUGACCAGAGAGUAUUAGCGGCCAUUAGAAAACAACAUGGCAUGGCUCCAUUGUACAGUAGUACAGAGAACGACCAUCGAAUGUCCAUGAAUCAUGUGUCUUCAUUUGCACAUGUACCAAACACCAGAAUUAACAAUCGAAUAGUUCGACAUGACGGGUACGAGAAAACAGAUCUUAGCGAACAUCAUGCAUCGCAUAAACAGGAUAAAAGAACCGAAAUCAAAGAAAAAGAGAGAAGUAAGAAAGAACAGAAGAAGGAGCAACCAGUCAAUAACGCUCCAGUAAAACUCAAAAACUUUUCAGAUAAAGACACUGUGUUAACAGACACACUACAGAGUAAAGUAAUAGAGAACAUAUCAUGUGGUCAUCAGUGCUUAGGAUCGCUGUACGGAACACUUACCAAUCCAAAUGUCAAUCGUUCAAAAGACGAAUUACUGGAACAAGCGAAAGACUUUUUUCAACAGUAUUACACAAGCCUAAAAAGCCAUGACUCACCUGAUCAUAGAAAAAGAUGGGACAAUGUUGUGUCGUCUGUAAAUAGAACAGGAACAUAUGAGUUGAGUGUUGAUGAGCUAGAGUUUGGAUCAAAGCAAGCAUGGAGAAAUGCACCAAGGUGUAUUGGAAGGAUACAAUGGGCAAAUCUACAAAUCUUUGAUGCUCGCAAGGAAAAUACAGGACGAGGAAUGUUUGAAGCUGUCUGUCAGCAUAUCAAGUAUGCAACUAACAACGGUAAAAUCAGGUCCGCGAUCACUGUAUUUAAACAAAGAACAGAUGAAAACCAUGACUACCGUGUAUGGAACCAACAGUUAAUUAGCUAUGCCGGAUAUAAACAGGCUGAUGGCUCUGUUAUAGGAGAUCCGAUUAAUGUUGAUUUUACUGAGACCGUUAUAAAGAUGGGUUGGAGAGGACGAAACGGUAGAUUCGAUGUUCUUCCAAUAAUUGUACAGGCAAAUGGAGGUGCUCCCGAGUGGUUUGAAAUACCUUCAGAAUUGAUAUUGCAGGUUCCAAUAAAACACCCAAAAUAUCCAAAAUUCAAUGAACUUGGUUUGAAAUGGUUUUGCGUUCCGGCUGUAUCUAAUAUGAAAUUCGAUUGUGGUGGGUUAGAAUUCACAGCCGCUCCAUUCAAUGGUUGGUACAUGAGUACUGAAAUAGCUUGCAGAGACUUCUGUGAUAAACAACGUUAUAAUCUAAUAGAGGAAAUAGCAGAAACGCUUGGACUGGACACAAAAAGCAAUCCGGCAGCAUGGAAAGAUAAUGCUGCAGUUGAGACAAAUAUUGCAGUUCUUCAUAGUUUUCAGACAAUCGGUUGCACCCUAGUUGACCAACACACAGCAUCAGAGCAAUUUAUGACCUUUAUGCACCAAGAGUACAGACAACGUGGAGGAUGCCCUGCAGACUGGGUGUGGUUAGUGCCACCAAUCAGUGGCAGUUUGACGCCUGUUUUUCAUCAAGAGAUGACCUUGUUCAAGCUUAAGCCAUCAUACGAAUACCAGGAUGAAUUAUGGAAAACUUACGGUUUGAAGAAUAAUGGAAACAGAACAAAGCAACGUAAACAGAAACUAAGGUUCAAGACUAUUGCAAGGGCUGUGUCUGCAUGGACAGUUUUGAUGACGAAAGCCCUUUCCAAAAGAAUAAAGUGUACCAUUUUGUUUGCUACAGAGACGGGUAAAGCAGAGAAGUUUGCUACUACUUUGCACAAAAUAUUCAGACAAACGUUUAAUUCUAGGAUGUUGAAAGUGGAAAGUUACAAUGUACUGGAAGAAUUGAGAUCAGAACAGUUGGUAUUGUUCGUUGCAAGUACAUUUGGAAAUGGGGAUCCCCCAGAAAAUGGAAAGACUUUCGCUAAAGCACUGCCAACGGCUAAAGACAGGUCAUCACAAAAAAAUGGCAUGCAUCCUGCUGUGGCUAGUCGGAAUAUCACUUAUCAAAAUGGUAAUUCUAUGAACGGAAGAAAUGUUGGGUUAGGACAUCUGAGAUUUUCAGUUUUUGGUCUUGGUUCCAGAGCAUAUCCGAAGUUUUGUGAAUUCGGACAUUUUAUUGACAAAACAAUGGAAACUUUGGGAGCCUCAAGAAUUCAUGCUAUUGGUGAAGGUGAUGAAUUAUCUGGCCAAGAAAUUUCUUUUAGAGACUGGGCAAAAAAUGUCUACCAGGUUUCGUGCAAUCAUUUCAAAGUUGGAAACAAACAGGGCUUAAAUGACGCCGCCGAUGUUUUGGCAAAAUCAGACAUGACAUGGCGCCCUGACAGAUUCCGAGUAAUAGAUAUACCAAGGAGCAAACGUUUGCCGUUAUCACAAGAGCUGUCCAAGGUGUAUGGAAAGAACGUGUCCAAAUGUAGACUCAAAGAUAGAGUUAAUCUAGGGGACAGACAUUAUAGUCCGCAGACAAUUCUAGCUAAGAUAGACAUUAGAGAUAACAACGAUGCUUUGAGAUACAGUCCAGGGGACCACGUGCUGUUGUUCUCAAACAAUCAUCCAGAUAUUGUAAAUGGUAUUAUAAAACAUUUAAAGGACGUCACAACUACUAGUGAUGUAAUACAGUUACAAUAUAAUACCUCUGAAGAUGAUAAAGGCAAUCAAACGGGAAAUCAAAACUAUUGGGAUGAUUAUGGCCGAUUUCCGCCAUGUUCAUUAAAGGACUUGCUGAGUAGCUAUCUCGACAUCACGACACCUCCAUCUCAGGAGUUUCUUAGCAUUCUCUCUGGCCUAGCAGCAAGACAAGAGGACAAGCAACGAAUCAAACGCAUUGCAGAGAACACAAGCGCCUAUGAAGACUGGAAAAGUCAUGGAAUGCCAAAUAUCCUCGACCUACUGAGAGAUUAUCCAUCGCUUCAGGUUACACCUGCCUUCCUCAUAUCACAGCUACCACUCCUUCUACCUCGUUAUUACAGUAUAAGUUCUGCAUUGGAUGCAGCACCAGGCGAAGUCCAUGUUACAGUCGCCGUUGUAGAAUAUCAGACACCAGAUGGAAGACAGCAUAAAGGUGUUUGCAGUAAUUGGUUAAACACUUUACCUGUCGGACAAGAUAUAUACUGUUCAGUCAGAUCGGCACCACUGUUUCAACUUCCAAGUGAAACGAAAGUUCCAAUUAUAAUGGUUGGUCCUGGUACAGGCAUAGCACCAUUUAGAAGUUUCUGGAUGCAACGAAAAAUUAACAUUGAACAAGCAUCUCGAAAUAGACAAAGGAUCUCCUUUGGUGAAUCUUAUUUAUAUUUUGGUUGUCGACACACGAUAGCAGACAAUAUAUUCAAAAAUGAGCUACAGCAACGUGAAAACGAGGGCAUUUUGACCAGAUGUUACUUUGCAUAUUCUCGUGAGCAAGGAAUGAAAAAGACAUAUGUUCAAGAUUUGAUCCAAAGAAACGCGACAGAUGUAUUCAGAUUGGUUGUGAAAGAAAAUGGCCAUUUCUAUAUUUGUGGCAGUAUUCAGAUGGCGUCCGACGUUAAACAGAUGCUACGAUAUGUUAUUCAAACAAUAGGCAGGUUAUCUGAUUCUCAGGUGGAUCAGUACAUGGAUACAAUGAAAGAAGAAAACAGACUACAUGAAGAUAUAUUCGGUCUAGCUGUCCGAUUGAAGAAAAGAUAGAGAUUUAUGAACGGGUUAUAUACUUUGACUUUCAAUGUGCCAUAUGUGGACGAUUGUUGUACAGAAACUACUGAAUUUAAUUGUUGUUUUAUUUGUUGUUAUUCAAACUGUGAUAUACCUUUUUUUAUUUGUUUAAAACAUGAGAGAAAUAUUAUUUGUUGCCUUUCAAACUGUGAUAUAUAUUUUUUUUAUAUUUACAUGUGAUAUAUAUUUGCACUUUUUAUAUUCAAAUGAAUUUUUACUAUUUUAGAAUCUAUACGAAUGUGGGUUAUAUUCUUAAAAAGUACACAAAAAUGCCUCAAUUCCUACAAACAUUGCGAAGUAAUGGAAAUUCAACCAAUGACGUAAUUGGUUAAACAUCAUUUCCGCUUGCAAAGCAUAAUAUAACCCGCAGUCCUGUAGAUUCUUAAACUGCAAGUUAAUGUGUUUGUGUGUGUUUUACAUUUGUCGUAUACUAUACAUUUUUAUUUAUAAUGAUGAAAUAAAUUUUCUACACUUUA